AGAUGAGAAAAGGAUGCAGGGAAUUCUCCUGUUUACACAUGUGUCUGUAACACUGAGCCGCCGGAGCAGCCCAGCCAGCCCAGAGGAGAUGGCCAUUACAAAUUUCUGAAGAUGCAAAUUUCUUCUACUCAUCCUCUUCUUCCUUCUUCAUCAUCUUAUUCUUCUUAACCAUCAGCUUCUUCUUCAUCGUUGGAAUACUUUCAACAUAUAAGUAUGCUUCUGUGUGCAAGGCCUGAAAAGAUAAACAUGAAUUUAGAUUCCAUUCAUCGGUUAAUUGAGGAAACACACAUCUUCGGGAUGCAGCAGUCGGGGGUUAGAUCACCGUGCGGACUGGCGGCACCUGCCCCGUCCCCCGGGGACCCCGGUAGCUCCUGUCCGUCUCCUCUCGGGCCGCAGUCUCCUGCCGCUCACAGUGGCCGUCCUCCCGCCUGGAGCACCAGCGAGUGGGAUAUCGGCGCCGAGCUCCGCCUGCGGGAGCUGGAGGAGGUCAAGGCCCGCGCCGCUCAGAUGGAGAAGACCAUGCGGUGGUGGUCGGACUGCACCGCUAACUGGCGAGAAAAGUGGAGUAAAGUUCGAGCCGAAAGGAACAGCGCGAGGGAGGAAGGCAGGCAACUCAGAAUCAAGUUAGACAUGGCCGUGAAGGAACUGAGUGCUCUGAAAAAGAAGCGGCCUUUGCCGCAUCCGGCGGAUGCUGCCCAGGACCGGAAGCUGCCCGGUUUCCCGGAAGCGGCCCGUCCACAGAGAGACCCAUUGCAAAUUGGUCCCAAAACGUGUGAGUCCGUCAGAGAGUGUUUGGGAAAAAGAGAAUUUCCCACCAAGGAGAACGCAAAUAGUAAGGAAGGAAGUUUGAUUAUUGACCCAUUAAAAUUAAGUGAGGAGAUGAAACUCAGUCUAGACUGUCCUGAUUUAUUCAAGAAUGGCGGUUCUGAAAAUUGUACAGUGAGACCUGGAUUAAGACUGCAGGCAAUAAAUCUGCCUCUGGAGAAUGAAGUGCCUGAAAUUUCAGCUUUGCAGGGGCAUUUGGAAGAUUUCCAAAAAGUCUUAUGGAAAGAAAGGGAAAUGCGCUUAUCUUUGGAAAAAGAGAUAGAACGACUGGAGUCGGCUUUGUCUGUGUGGAAAUGGAAGUAUGAAGAACUGAAAGAAUCAAAGGCAAAAAGUCUGAAACAGUUUGACAUUCUUCAUGGUCAACAUAAAAAUGAAAUGGAAGAAGUAUCAGGACUUGUAAGGGAAGAAUCAAAAUCUCCAAACAGCAAUGACAGAGUGGCCUAUGAGUUAAGAGCAGAGCUAGAGAGAUUGCAGGCUGAACAUACAUCUGAGUGGGACAAGAGGGAGCUACUUGAAAAGGACAAACAAGGCCUGGAGAGAGAAAAUAGAAGGCUGAAGGUCCGGGUGAAAGAAAUGGAAGAGCUCCUGCACAGGAGAAAUAGAUUCGGUGAGAGCUCCGAAGGUCCUGAUUCCAAGACACCAGGAGUUGAACUACAGGAGAAAAACAAGGAACUCUUGGACCUUCAGCAUGCUUACUGCAAGCUAAGCAGACAGUACCAGGCAAAGACAGCAGAACUGACUCACGCCAACAACCUCGUGGAUCAAAAUGAGGCCAAAGUGAAACAACUGAGACUUCAAGUAGAAGAACUAAAAUGGGGACUCAACCAAAAAGAAGACAAGCUUGAUGAUUUCCUGAAUCAGAUCCAUAAGCUCCAGAGAUCGUUGAAUGAACAGAAAGAAACAAAUGAAAACUUGGAAAUUAAACUCAGGCACUUACAAAAUCGGCCUACGGACAAAGAGGCCAGUCGUGACCUUCCACUGACCACUGCAUAUGCACUGGCCGGGGUGGGGUCCCAGGAUGGGUCCCACAACCUGUAAAGUUCUAUUAAGCCUUGUCUUCAGUCUCGGUUAGUUCUUAACAAAACUUGUUCGGCCAAUUUGAUUUUAUUUUUACCUGGAGACUUUCUUACUUUGAGACUGCCUUCUCUAUUUCCUCUGAAAUCUGCUUUAAAAUUUUAUUUUUUUCAUUUAUUUUUCUCUUACCAACACUCAGCCUACAGGCUCUGACACUCUGCCUGGGAAUCUUGCUGAGUAGACCCACAGGUUGAUCACGUUUUAGUUUCCACGUGCUCACAGAUGACACCGUUGCUCAUCAUUGCAGCAAUGCAUAAAUGUCUCCCUGUCUCCAGUGACAAUGGCGUCACCGCUUGGACACCAGCGCUAACAGCCUCUUCACCAUCUUUCCAGUGUCUACUUGGUGAUGCCCCUAAACCAAUGCCACCUAUUUUGUUGUGGCAGCAUCUCACGUCCAGAUACCAGUGUCUGUUUGAGAUCUCUAGUGCUACAAAAUGAAUUAACCCCAAUAUUUAAUUGCCUAAAACAUUUACCACAGUUCUUUGGGUUUGCUCCUUCACGUAGAUGAGGGGGGGGGGGGUUUCCUCUGGCAGCUGCAUUCCACAGGGAGCUCUCUGGAGCUAGAAUGUCCAAAAUAACCUCACUCCUACACCUGAAACUUCAGCAGGGGUAAGAAAUGGCCAUUGUUUCUUGGGUCUCUCCCUUGUCCUGAGGAAUUGCCCUGGGGAGUUUCACAGUGCCCCUUCCUCCAGAUUCUAUUGGCAUAGGUAUCAUGACAUUUUAUCCAAAAAUACUUUAUAAAUCUCUUUAAAAAACAUCUUCCUGCAAAAUGGCUAUAUGCAUUAUCAGACCAACAAAAACUCACAGUUCUAGUCCCCAGCUCGUUAGACUUUGCCCCUACCCACAGUCCUCUGGCUAAAUCAGAUAUGCUUUGCUAUAUUAUUAUUUCUGUGACCUUGAGCAUGUUACUUAUUAUAAAACGCUAGAACACCCCCUUAAGGACUGAAUAAAAUAAUGUUUAAGGAACAGCUGCCACAGCACAUGACAUUAAUAAAUAUGCAACAAAUAUUAGUUUAUUCAUCUCACUCUACUUUUUAAGAGGCAAUUUCCUCCAGAGAAAAUACAUUUAGAAAGCAAAUUUUUAUGGAAAGAAAAUAUACUGGAAAGAAAUCUUGGAAAUGCCUCCCAGAAAAAUGUUAAAUACUAAUACUACUUGCCCUUAAAUUCAACUACAUAAAUCUUAACAUUAGGUAUGUUUUCUUACUGAUUUUGAAAUGUCUUUGUAAGAUUAUUCACAUUUUCACUAGACAGCAUUUAGAGUAAUAAUGAUCUUGACAUUAUAUACCUGAAACUCCAUAUAUUAGGCUAGAAAAAUGUCAGGAACAAUAUUAUGAUAUAAAAAGAUAGGCAUUAACCAGUAAAAAUAAAUGUCAAAUUUUUCUGUUUAAAUAUUGUUAACUCUCAUUGUAAAGGAAACACUUAGAAUUGUUAAGUAUCAGAAAACUCUCAGAAUAAAAGAAAACUGAAAUUAAAUAUUUUCAUUAAUUAGAACACUCAUAAUCACAUUAAUGAAGAAACCUCAAUACUAUUUUAAAAAAUACCCCUUCACAUUAAUUGUAUUAUUAACCAGUUUUAAAUAUAAACAUUUAAAAACAGAACUAUAGUAACUUAAGCAUAGUUUAUACUGAACAACCUAAAAAAAUGAUAUCACAAUGGGGAAUGUUUAGUAUUAUAUUGCAAAACCAUUGAUAUAUGUCAAAUGUGAAAUGAUAUAUAAGUAUAUGUGAUUUCCAUCUUAUGACAGUGCUCUUGGAGAAAUUUAGAGAAAUAUAGGAAAUGGGUUGUUAGCUUAUUUUAAAUCAAACUUGAUAUACAUGUUUCAAUGCUGUUCUCUCGAAACAUCCCACCCUCGCCUUCUCCCACAGAGUCCAAAAGUCUGUUCUGUACAUCUGUGUCUCUUUCUGAUUUGCAUAUAGGGUUAUCGUUACC